GCCGCCCGCCCAGGACGCCGACGCCGCCAAAGCGGCGGCGCCGGCGUCCGAGGCCGAGACCAAGGAGCAGUGGUCGCGCAUCAUGUCCAAGAUGCGGCCGUCGUCGGUGACGGCCGCCCAGCAGCAGCGCACGCAGGUCAACGGUGACCGACCCCCGCAGCCGGACAGGAAGUGUCCCUUCUAUAAACUAAUACCGGGGGCGCCGUUCGCCGUGGACGCCUUCAACUACGGCAUCGUGCCAGGCGUGGAGGCGUACUUCCUGAGUCACUUCCACUACGACCACUACCGCGGCCUCUCCAAGACCUUCCCGAAGACCGUCUACUGUGGCAAGGUUACCGGUGAGUGU